AUGUCUUCACAAGUCUGUCAUGGCAUGCACAACGGGGUAAAUCAGAAUAUCCAGGCCGACCUGCCGUGUGGUGUCACCAACUCCAGCCAUUCCUAUGUUACCUGCUGCGUCAAUGGCGACUACUGCCUCAGCAAUUCCAUCUGCGUGAACACGAACGACAAGGACGGAGAUCAUUAUUAUGCGGCCGACUGCACAGACGAGACCCUGACAGAUCCCGCCUGCGGGACACGAUCGCCGAGAUCGUAUACACCUCCGAUGGCUACUGGGCCUGCUGCGAAAAUUCAUACGGGACGGACGGUAAACUGCUCGAACCCUUCCGAUGAAAUCUUCCCCGGCGUCGCGCCCUCAAAACUCGCUACCAUUCAAUAUCUGCCGUCCACGGCGUCCGGCACGCCAACUUAUGCGGUCGCAUCUUCUAACUCUACCUCCGAUUUCCCAAACGCUAAUACCACGACAACCUCCUCCUCUUCCUCUACCGAUUCAUCCAGCAGUGAAUCUUCCGGUAUCGGUGCCGGCGCGGCAGCCGGAAUCGGUGUGGGCGCUGCCGCAGGAUACGUCAUAGUCGCAGCCAUACUAGCACUUCUGUACUUCCGCCGGCGGAAAGCGCAGAAUAAUGUCCUUCCCCAAAAAGCCGGGGGAUAUAAUGGGUUGGGAGAUGGUUCGUGGGCGCAGACCUCAACCCAACGGACCGGCCCGUAUCCCGAAAUGGAUGGGCAGCCCAAGGUUAUGUAACCGCGCAUGAUUAUGAGGACGAACAUCGAUGGGAAUAUUUCCCCUAAUAGAUCCAUGAAUGGGUUGGAUGAUUUGGCAUUGGUCCUUAAAUAUGUGAACCGCAUUGACCCCACGAAAGCACAAUUAUUGUAAUGAUUGAUUAUCCAGCUGGUGUUUCGUUUGACUCGCGCCACGCGGUAGGUUGGGUUGGGUCACAUUAAUACCUUUACGGCUAUG